CUAAACUUCUAUUUUCCUUCCACAUAAAGAUGACCCUACCCACUUUUAAUAUAGAUAUUAUUUUUGAAAUUAUUAAUGAGUUAAAAGAUGAUGGUGCUAGUUUAUUCAAUUUCCUACUUUUGAAUAAGCAGAUUUGUGAAUUAACAAUCCCUAUACUUUGGGAAAAUCCAUUUAAAUUGUGCAAUAUAGAAGUUAAAAGUAAACAUUAUUUGAUCAUACAAACUUAUAUUAAUUGUUUAAAUGAAGAUGAUUAUAAGAAAUUUAUCUCAAUCUUAAAAAGAGGAUUCAAGGACCAUAAAAAUGAAAUACCACUUUUAUUUGAAUAUGGAAAAUAUUUAAAAGAAUUUAAUAUUCGUGAUUUAUAUAAUGCAGUAAGUACAUGGCAAAGUCAAAAAUUAAAUUGUUUAAAUUGGAAUAUAGGUUUUAAUGAUGAAAAUUUAUUGGAAAUCAUGCAACACAAAAUUAAAGAUUUGGAUUAUCUAACAUUAUAUUGUGAUGGGAAUUUAAAAAUAGAAAAAUUAUAUGGUAAUAAAUUUACAGAAGAUUUUAUUUCUCUUGUAAAAUCAAAUAAUAAUCUAAAGGAAUUCAUUUUUGAUUAUGGAGUUAAAAACAAUAUAUCAUUUGAUUAUAUUCUUAAAUGCAUUAAUUUAAGAAUAUUGGUAUUAAGAUCUAAUGAAGGAUUAAAAUUUGAAGGAAUUGAUUCAUUUACUUCAUUCAAUAAUCUUAAAAAGUUAGAUUUAACUUUCAAUGAUUUGUCAUCUAAGGUAACCACUUUGAUUAUAAAAAAAGCUGGAAAUAAUUUAUCUUCUUUAACAAUUGGUGAAGAAGAUAAUAAAAAAUCAAUUAAUGAUGAUACUUUAAUUGCUUUGACUCAAUAUUGUCCAAAUAUUAAUUCAUUAUCAAUUUCUGGGGUUUGUAAUAAAGGUUUUGAAAUGAUUUUUAAAUAUAUUAAAAAUUUUAGGCUAGUUACUUUACAAUUAUAUCAAAAUAAAAUGAAAGGUACAAUUAUGAAUUUAGAAGGUCUGUUGAAUUACAUAGAAUAUGAAAAAUCUUUAUCAACAUUAGGAAUAGGUAGAAAUGAUGAUUAUUGGCAUUACUAUAAUUAUGGUCGUGAUAAUUUUAAAGAUUUCUUAGAUAAGCAUAAUGUUAGAUUAAUACUAUAUAAACCUAAAUUUUACUAUUAA